AUGGUUUUGAAACGCAGUGGGAACAAUGCGGGAAAGGGUAAGUCUAUUUCCCGAAAAUCUAGCACAACCAAGCCCUCAAAAGCGUCGACUACGAAAGAUGUCAGGAAAUCGCAGACGGUUAAGAACAGUGAUUCUAAGCAAGUAAAAAGGCCCAAAAAGACUCUCAAAAUAAUGUCCAAGAGCGUCAAUUACUCGCUGUGCAUUCCUGUGAGCAUCAUAGACAACUGCAAGAACCUUGAGCAAAUCACGCAUGUGGUGUACCAGGUUGCCAAAAGUGCAGUUUUGUUCAAUGCUGGGGAGAUCGUCGUGCUAAAUCUGGGUCGUGACUCUGAUAAAAGCUCCGCGAUUGGUGGUGGCUCUCAAAAAUUAUCGCCAUCGCUUCUGAUAGCCUCUCUUCUACAAUUCUUUGUUACACCUCCAUAUCUGGUGAAGUCGGUGUUCAAAAAAGACUACCAGCGAUGCCUGCAGAUUGCAUCGAAGCUGCCGCGAAUUUCUGCACUACCGUUUAUGCGAUACUCGAACGAUGACCAGGGACGCUAUCGCGAAGGACUGGCAGUCACUAUGGACAAACCGGGACAACGCAGUUCGAAGACCGGUAGCAAGCAAAAGGCGUACGAUCAGACCAAAUACGUUAAUGUGGGCAAAAAAGAAAUGGUCGAGCUUCGAGGCCAGCUUGUGCCAGCCAAUGUUCGCGUUACCGUGGACAUUGUAGAACGCAAAGUUGUAUCGCCAACGGAGGCCUACGGCGACUUUGUGGGAGCUCAGGCGUCUUUUGGCUACCACGUUCGCGUGGCUCGGAAUUUUGGCGAUAUUUUUAUGAAAAGCGCCUUGCCAGAGGGCUACACCCAGACCGUGUGGGUGAAUAGUGGUGACUUCUAUUUCAAUUCUGAGGUUCCCAAAAACGUAAAGCUGGGAAUCAAGAUACCGCGCAUAGAGAAAGUUCUGAAGCCUACAGUCGAGGAGAUUGCCAGUGGAGAGGCCGAAAAACCUGCCAACAUGAUGGUUGUAUUUGGCAAGUGGGACCACUUGUCGCAAAGCUUCAAGCAGUGCAGUGACAUGUUCGAGCAGUGCGAGGGCGCCCAUCAAUUUUUCGACGGCCAGCUGCAGCUACCUGGUGCUGUUCCCGAGGCCAACCUUGCAAUUCAUGACGGUUGCAUGAUCGCUCUAACACUACUUUCGAGCUUGUGA